AUGGACAGAAGCGAUAUAUUAAGAGUGUGCGCGUGCUGCAAGGGAUCUCCCACAAUCCUCCUUGCACAGAGCAUGUUUUGCACACAGUGCUUUAUGCUACGUCUGCAAAAGGGAUUCUUUGGCGAGAUAAGAAAGUCUCUCUCCCACACCCCCCGCCACAGAGUGCGAAAAGUGCUGGUGGUGGUUGAAGACACUUUGGCCUCGAGGGCUGUUGAAAAGCUCACGCGAGAGAGCAAAUCAUCGAUGGUGGAGUAUCACUAUUGCUCCUUCACACAGGGCAGACCCAACUGCAUAUACAUUGACUCCAUAGCCACCAAUCACAGCGGCCGCGUGGAGGCUGCGAGAGAGUACGGAUUUGACAAUAACUACGAUUGCGUUUUAUUUAGCCUGUACUCAGUGGAGGUGGCGUACGAGCUGCUGAAGAUGAUAACUGCUGGGGAGGUGGCUCAGUACACCACUGCAUUCAAGGGAGACAAAAUCAUGUCCAUCUGCUACCCUUUUUACUCGCUGUCGUAUAAGUCCGUGCUGUACUACUGCAUGCUAUCUGGGAUCCUUGACCAGCCCUUCAGCAUAAAGACAGAAGACAGCAAGACAAACAGGGCGCACAAAGCUUUGCUGAGAGACCUGCUGAAGAAUUCACCUGCAAGUAUUCUUAAUCUAAUAAAAAUACAACAGAGAGUUGAGGAUAUGUAG